AUGUUUUUAACUAGACAAGGAUAAGUGAGGAUAAAGUAUGCAUCCCAAUAGAAAAAUUUUCAUGAUAAUGUGAAUAGAUAUAAUUUUGAGAGGAAAACCAUUGUUAUUGAUUAUAGUAACAUUGACAUAGAGAAAUAAAUACCUGAAUAGUUUACCAAAUAAAAUUAUAAAUAUUGUUCUUAGAUUAGCAAUGUAGAUUAUAAAUACGAUAUUCUUAUUAUUAAUCCAGCUUUGAUUGAUUAAAUUAAGACUAAUGGAUUUCAAGUGGUAGAAAUUUAGACUCCUGUUUUACCAAUAGAGUAAAGGAGAUUUUUGAGUGAUUAUAAUACUUAAGAAUAAAAACUAUAAUUGAUUCAUAAGACAGUUAUUUCAUAAAUAAAUGAAGAAAGAGAUAUUUUGAUAUAUUGUAUGGAUGCUAAUGAGAUUGAAUAUCUUAGAGUUUUAUUUGAGUAAAGUUAAAUAAGAGUUAUAGUUAAGAUUGAUAAUGAAUUCAAUUAAUUAUUCAAUAGAGUUAUGCAUUAACCUAAUUACUCAAACACUGUAUUUUUAUUAAUGGAACCUUAAUAAUUAGAAUCCUAUAAUAUAACAUUGAUAAUCCAUACAAAUUAAAGAGAAAUUAUAAAAAGAAGGGAUGAUAACACAAUUGAAUAUUCAUAUUAAAUCUUGAGUCAAGUUGAUUUGUAAGUUCGAGAAAUCUCUAAAUCUAAUAGUGAAGGAAUUAUGAUUUAUUAUGCCUUUUCUGAAUAAUAAUAUCUAUAAUUAGCAAUGUAAGCUUAAAAAUCAUCAAAUAUUGAUUUGGAGAGUGAUAAUUUUGAAAAAUUGUUGUGUAAUCUAAGUAAAUAAGAAGAUUGUAAACAUUUAUAGAAAUUUGGAAUUAUGAUUGCUGCUUUAUUUACAUCUGGUUAAUUAUUAUAAAUAUUUGAUAAAUAGAGUUUACAAAAAUAAUUAAGUAUCAAAACUAGUUCAUAUUGGUCUAAAUAAGGAGAUUAUCAUUCAUGGUAUAAUAUAAUAAUGUAAAUUAUUAUAUUGUUGAAUUCAUGUGAAGAUGAAAAGAUUUCAAGUAUUAUUAAAAAAUUCUGUAAUGAUAACAAAAUCAAUUUAAUUAAAGCUUUAUUAAUAAUUGCAAAACUUAAAUAUUUCUCUUCUCUGUAUGAAAUUGAUGAUCUUGAUGUUUUAGAUGGAUUACAAUAAUUGAAUUUAAAGAAAUAAUCAAGUAGUAUUGAUGGUUUCUAAACUGAUAAUGAAUAUUAAUUAGAAUAAUUAUUUCCUAUUUCUAGAGAUUAUAAAAUGCACAAAUAUUCCUUAUAGAAAAUUUUUAAGAUUAUUAAUCUUCCAUAAUAUAUAUUAGGAAUUAAGGAAAAUUAAGUACUUUAUUCAGCAGUAGCAGAAAAUAAGUUCAGGAAGAUUUCAGUUUAGGAACAUAUAGUAUAAAAUAUUUGUACUGCUGUUAUGAAUUUAUUGUGGAAUGAUGAAGAAUCUGAAAUAUCAAAAUUAGAACACAAAUAUAAAUGCAUCAUAGAACCAUUUAAUAUAAAUAAUCUUGUCAUCUAUUCUGAUAAUAGUAAAUAAGUUGAAGAUGAAUUACUCAGCAUUAUUUCUAAAUUCAAAUAAUAAUUAAGUUAAUAAAUAAAAGAAUAUGAAUAUCAAAAUUCAAAUAUUAGAUUUAUUAUAUCUAAUGGAGGAGUUAUUGAUAAAUGUUAUUAUUCUAAUAAUUCCAUAUUAGAAAUUAGUUAACUUAGUUUAGAAACUAAAGAGGCAGAAAUCAGAAGUUUAAUUGAACCUUAUUCUUUAAUCAACACAAUCACUUUAAUUCCAUAUAAAAUAUCUUAAACUGCAUAAAUAGAUUUAAGGGAUAAAGAUGCAACUCUUGAAAUUAUUAAUGAUCUUGAUGAGACUGAAUUUUAGGGAUGCACUAUAAAAGUUUCAUCUACUUAUAUUAAAAAAGAAUAAAAUAAAAAGUUUCAUCCUUAUAUCAUCAAACUCUCAUGGUUUAUAUAUCAUUGUAAAGGUAAUGCUGAAAUUACUUUCAACAAUGAAAUGGCUGCCCAAGAAUUCUAUAAUCAAUAUAAUGAUACUAUUUUAGAUGGUAAGAAAAUGAUUAUGUAAGUUAAUAAUGACAUUGUACAUAUCUCUAAUUUAACUUAAUAUAUUACAGAAUUAGAUUUAUUCAGAUUAAGUACAAAAAUAAAAUCUAUAAAUAUAUCUAAAUCUGUUUUAUAUGAACCUAAAUUUGAUAUAUUCUAAAAAGUAGAGUCACUAUUAUUUGAUGAAAAUAGAAAACAUCAUAUAGGAUUUAAACAUUAAUAACUCUAUAGAAUUAGAAAUUAAAGAAAAGAUUACAAAAGAGUAUUAAAAUUAGGAGUACCAUCUAUUAAUUUUGUUAAUUCUGCUUUAACUAAUUUUAAUAAUUUACUUAUAUAAUUAGGAUUAUAAUAAGUUAAAUUAUAUUGUGAAGCUUAAUACAAACAUCAAUAUAAAGUGAAAUAAGAUUUUAUAAAGUUUGUUAGGAAUAAUAUAAAAUCAAUAUAAUAGAAAUUUAAUAAUCUUUUUAGAAUUGAAUAAGUUGAUAAUUCAGGUUCUGAAAUUGAAUUACAUUUAGUUUCUGAUAAUUAUAUGGUAUUCUCUAAAGUAAGAGAUACUAUCUAGAAUAUAAUAGAUGGUUAUAUAAUUAAUUUUGGAGAAUUGAAUACUAUUCUAUUUAGUGAUGUUGGAUAACAAUUUAUUUAAGAAUUAGAAAUUCAAAAGAGUGUUAUAAUAAGUCUUGAUUAAUUUAAGAAAAUUAUUAAAGUUUAUUGUUUGGAUGAACAAUUUUAAGAAUUAUAAGAUAUAAUAAAAUCAUUUUUAGAAUCCAAUUCAACAAUAACAGUCAGAUUGACUCCUUAAAAAUUGAAAAAAUUAUUGGGAGAUGAUUAUUAAGGAUUAUUGUUUCUAUAAUAAAAAUUUAAAUUAACUGAUGUAGUUCCAAUUAAGAAAAAUAAUUAAUUAAAAUUAUCAGGACAAGCUAAAAAUUUAGAAGAAGCUAUUUAAUAUUUAGAAGCUUUUUUAGAAUCAAAAGAUGAAAAUAUAGAAAAUCAAUCAAUAAAUUAAGAUAAUACUUGUUGUUAUUGUUUGAAUUAAAUGAAACAACCUUAUAUUUUAACAAAUUGUAAUCAUAAAUUCUGUAAUGAUUGUUUAAAUUAUGAUUUCUCAAAUUCAAUUAAAGAUAUUAAUUCUUUACCUAUCAAAUGUUCUUUAUGUUAAAAUCUAAUUUUAUUAGAAGAUAUUUAGAAUAUUUUAGGUUUGGCUAAAUAUGAAAAAUUAGUAGAAUUAUCAAUAAACAAAUAUGUAAAUGAUAUGAGAGGACUUUUGAUAUUCUGUUUUAAUCCAGGAUGUUCAAAUAUUUUAAGAGUCAAAGGAGAUACAGUCUAUUGUGAAAAUUGUAAAGUCACUUAUUGUUUAAAAUGUAAAGUGUAAAUGCAUUAUGGAAUGACAUGCUGGGAAUAUUAAACAGGUGAUUAAAAAAUUAUGGAAGAAUUAAUGAAAAAAGAAGAUAUACGUUUUUGUCCUGUUUGUAGAUCUUUAGCAUAAAAAAUAUCAGGUUGUAUGUCUGUGGCUUGUUCUAGUUGUAAAAAAUAUAUUUGUUGGAAAAAUUUACCAAAUAGUAGUAAAGCAUGUAUGAAAGUGUUUAAUAAUUCAACUGAAUGCCAUUAACAUUUAACAAAUGUUCAUGGUGGGUAUUAUUGAUU